AUGUUCGACACGGAGAAAUUUAUCGAGGAGAUCGAGAAACGACCGGCGAUAUACGAUGUGAAUCGUAGCGAGUACAACGACCGUAACGCCAAGAUGACCGCGUGGGACGAGGUCUGCCAGGUGAUGGUACCGAAUUGGGCGUGCUUGACGGACGGGGAGAGAAACGUAGAAGAGAAAAAUUUACGCGGGAAAUGGAGAAAUAUCCGUGACUAUUUUAUGAAAGAACUGAAACUUCAGAAAUCGCAGAAAUUAGGACCGUCCGGUCGAAAGCGAAAGAAAUACAUGUAUUUCGAUCAGCUGUUGUUCCUGAUGCCUAUGGUGGAGAAUAAACGAAAUUCUGGGACCAUAUUAAAUAAUUGCAAAUCCGAGGAGAGCGAGGGUGAAAUUGAUAAUCCUGUGAUCGAGGAAUACGACGUACCAUUGGCCCAUGCCGCUCCCUCGAUUACGACCGGCAGAGAAUACCUUCAACCGGGCGCCUCCAAUAAAAUGUGUCCCCGUUAUCCGAAGCAGCUUUGCGAGACGUCGUUCACGUCCUUCGAUAAUGAAAUUCACGAUAUCCUGUCGUCGCACAGCAGCCAACGGGUCGCGUACGACGAGGACGACUACGACAAAAUGUUUCUGCUUUCUUUAUUGCCGAUCAUACGGCAGGUACCGGAAGAGAAGAAACUCGACGUUAGGAUACAGAUGCAACAAGUCUUGGCCUUGGCGCUUCGUCCGCCGGACAAUAAGCAAUGA